AUGUCUGUCGUUCAUCAAUGUGUGUUGGUGUUUGGGGUGUUGAGCGGUCUGGUGUCGGCCGCGCCCGCUUCGGAGACGGAUCGGCUAAUCCUGCCGCCCACACCAACUGAGGCGCCCGAAGUUGCCAGUACAGCCUGUGGUGAUCUAAUCGUCUCCAAAGAACAAGGACAGACCCUUUUCUGGGCUUCGGAUGUAUUUGAUUGCCUGUCGAAUGUGCCCUUCAUCCCAGACGUGGCAUCCCGCUUCAUCAGCUAUUACAACCAGACACUGCAGUUUCAGAGCACGUUGGCCUUCCUCAAGGACCCUCCACAGGGGUAUCAACAGCCUCCGGUCGACGUCGUUGCUGAGUUGGGCCUUCUACAAGACAACAUCUCAGAGGGGAAAUACACGACACAGUACGCAUUCGAAGCUGACCUGCAGCUUCUCAUCAACCGCUUCCACGAUUCUCAUGUCUAUCUGAGCGCGGGUCUGCUGGCGCCUUUCACCUUCAUCUCGCCGUUCUCUCUGGUCUCGGCUUCCCGUGAUGGGAAGGUGACACCCAGUGUGUACUUCCGAGACGAAGUCGUCAACAGUCAGCUCCAAGGUGGGGAACCAUCGCCAAUAACCAAGAUCAACGAUAUAGAUGUGGUAGAGUACUUGACUUCGUUUGCUGAGAUCAACUCGGAGGGCUACCUUGAGCCACAUGCCGAUUGGAACGCCCUUUUCGAGUCUCCUGCGCUUGAUAUCCAGAGCUACCAGAGCGUCUUGCACUCAGCUCUAUUCUACCCUGGCGAUGCCAUAAACUACACUCAAGCCAAUGGUACCACCACGUACUCCUAUUGGCUAGCUUCGUAUAGUGAAGCCGGACACACUGGUCCCUUAACCACAGCUGGCGACUUCUACAACUACUUUGUGCUGGGAAUUUUACCCGAGAGCUGGGAUGCGUCAAACCCACAGUGGUGGCCAGACUGGAAAGGAGAGACCGAUGACUCUGAUGAUAGUGGCACCGACGCGGCCCCCUCGCUUGUUGAGCGCCUUUGCACAUCCGGCAACCCGAAAAACGUCAACUGGUGUGGAGAGUCUCAGGGCGGUUUCCCCAACGAUCCGGACUAUGUACAAAAGGAUCUUGGCCGCUUGACAGGGGGGGUAGUCUCCGGUUACUUCCUGGAUGACACGACCGGCGUGCUCAGCAUACCCAGUUUCCUGCAGACAGGAAAUGACACGCUCAACUUCUUCCGGGUAAUUGACGACUUCCUUGGUGAUGCACAAGACAAGGGCAUCUCGAGGGUGAUUAUCGAUCUCCAACAGAACUAUGGCGGUUUAAAUCUGCUUGCUGUGUCUGUAUUCAAGCGCUUCUUCUACGAGCAGGAACCCUGGACAGGCAGUCGCAUCCGCACAAGUGAGAUGGCCAACACGCUGGGAGAGAGCUACUCAUCUUGGUGGGAUAGUCUUGAGACUGGACAUGAUGGCGCCCUUGACCCUAAUUACCAGUACUUUUCUUCCAGCGAGUGGGUCAUCGACAACAGAAUCAAUCCGGCGACGGGAGCGAACUAUAGUAGUUGGGACGAAUAUAGGGGUCCUGUCUCCUACCAAGGCGACACCUUCUCGAACCUGCAGCUCUACAAUCUUUCUGACCAGGUCUUUGAUAUUGCUGGGUUUCAAGGUUGGAUCCCCUUCGGCUAUAGCGAUACUCCGCCCGAUCCUCCGCCUCCAUCGUGGUCACCAGACAGUAUCGUCCUCCUCACCGACGGCCUCUGCACCUCAGCUUGUGCAACCUUUGUCGAGCUUAUGGCGCACCAAGCAGGCGUGAAGACCCUCGUUGUGGGUGGUCGACCCGCCACCGGCCCUAUGCAAGCUGCCUCCGGCAGCCGUGGCGCCCGUCUCUACUCCUCAGAAGCCCUUGACUACGAUUUCAGCAACGUCAACGACACAGUUGAAGAUUUUGAUGCCUUUGCAAGACUCCCACAGCGCGGUAACAACGACUUGUUUAUCAAUUUUGCCGGCUUCAACAUACGCGACCAGAUUCGCAAGGGAGAUGAGGACAAUAUCCCCGUGCAAUUCAAGUAUGAUGCAGCCGAUUGUAGACUCUACUACUCUCUUCAAAACAUCUAUAACCUUACCCAGCUUUGGACCGAUGUUGCAACUGCAGCAUGGGACGACCCAUCCCUCUGUGUCGAAGACUCCACUGGGUACUCAGUCCGCAACAACUCCACACAACUCAAAUCGCCACCCAAGCGCACCGCCCAGGCACCAGAUCUCAACUUAGACCACAUCACCUUCUCCGACCUUGCCUCCAACAGCACGAGCUCUCCAUCGCUAUACGAUUUCAUCACAAGAGACUCCAUCUCAACCACAAACCUCAAGCAAUGCUUCCACCAGAAGGGCGACUGCGCAGGAACCACCCUUCAGUGCAGAGAUUUUGGCGUGGACUGCGACGGCCAAGGAACAACAUGGCGCACAAUGAGUGCCUGUCUUCCGGACACGACCAACUACGGAAGUGCCUGCGGCGACGGAAUGUGGUUCAAAGAGACCAGGGACGCCGAGUCGAAGAAGAACGUGCCCAAGAAGACGAUCAAUGGUGUUCAGGUCAAGUACGAGCCGGUCACCGUUGUGGAGGGCUACUGUGUUCCCGAGUCGGUUGACAUUUACAAGUUCAACUUGGGAUGUCCGAAUGCGCGGCGGUGA